CCCUAGCCUCUCGCGCCCGGUGUCCUCCUCCCAGCAAGACAGCGUGUGGUGUAGGGUCCGACAUGGCCGUUGCCGGGCUCGCGCUGCGCCGGGGGGCAGCGGCGGUUGCUUCGCCCCUUCACCUGCGCUUCAUUGCGCUUCAUCCGCCCCGUAGGCACGCGGCGCAUUUCACUUUCCAGCCGGACCCGGAACCUUCCCAAUAUGGCCAGACACAGAAAAUGAACCUUUUCCAGUCUAUAACAAGUGCCUUGGAUAAUGCCUUAGCCAGAGAUCCUACUGCAGUAAUAUUUGGAGAAGAUGUGUCCUUUGGUGGAGUCUUCAGAUGUACUGUUGGCUUGAGAGACAAAUACGGUAAAGAUAGAAUCUUCAAUACUCCCUUGUGUGAACAAGGAAUUGUAGGAUUUGGCAUUGGAGUUGCUGUUGCUGGUGCUACUGCAAUUGCUGAAAUCCAGUUUGCUGACUACAUUUUUCCAGCCUUUGAUCAGAUUGUUAAUGAGGCUGCAAAGUAUCGUUAUCGUUCUGGAGAUCUCUUUAAUUGUGGAAGUCUGACAAUAAGAGCUCCUUGGGGUUGUGUGGGGCAUGGUGCUUUAUAUCAUUCCCAGAGCCCAGAAGCCUUUUUCGCUCAUUGCCCAGGACUAAAGGUUGUUGUUCCAAGAGGUCCUAUUGAAGCUAAAGGUCUUUUAUUAUCAUGCAUAGAAGAUAAAAACCCUUGCAUAUUUUUUGAACCAAAGAUACUAUACAGAGCAGCAGUGGAGCAAGUUCCAGUGGAACCAUACUAUAUUCCGCUUUCUCAAGCAGAAGUACUUCAGAGUGGAAGUGAUGUUACACUAGUGGCUUGGGGUACUCAGGUUCAUGUUAUCAAAGAGGUAGCAGUUAUGGCUCAGGAGAAGCUUGGUGUUUCCUGUGAAGUAAUUGAUUUGAAGACAAUUAUUCCUUGGGAUGCAGAGACUAUAUGUAAGUCUGUAACCAAGACAGGACGGUUGCUGAUCAGUCAUGAAGCCCCUGUUACAGGAGGUUUUGCAUCAGAAAUUAGCUCUACAGUUCAGGAGGAAUGCUUUUUGAAUCUAGAGGCUCCGAUUUCACGAGUGUGUGGUUAUGACACUCCAUUUCCUCACAUCUUUGAGCCCUUCUAUAUUCCAGAUAAAUGGAAAUGUUAUGAUGCUCUACGGAAAAUGAUUAAUUAUUGAUCAUGGAGGACUGAAGAAAAAUGGAAUUAGGAAAGAGAAACAUACUUUGAUUGUGAAUUGAUAUCCAAAUCCUAUCUUAAAUUAAAGUCUAAAAUUUCCCUGAACCUUGAGAAGAGCUGGCCUUGUUGGGAGUUGUGGAUGACAGACAGAAGCUCUUACAUGUGCCCAUGAGCCAGAGUCACCCUGCAAAAUGAUGCACCACUCAGCUUUACAGAACAAGUAACACAGGAACUUUUACUUAAUCCAAGAGAUCAACAGAACAAUGGUAUUUACAAUAGUCCCUCUGAUUGCUUACAGAAAUCAGCAGUCAUUAGCAGUCCUUUCUUAGUCCAUAAAUCUGCUUCAGUGAAGAUCAGCCCCGACCGAGUCCCUUUGGGGAGAUGGGGCAGGGUAUAAGAAUAAAGUUGUUGUUGUUAUUAUUAUUAUUAUUAUUAUUAUUAUUAUUAUUAUUAUUAUCAGCAACAAACAAGGCCUCAGAAAUAGUCAGGCCUUUCUGUGUACAGACCCAUCUUCUUUGCAGCCAGUACUCAGUAGACUCUCUCACAGACACACACAGAGAAACUUGUUCAAAUCGGUUCUCCAGCAGUAGGCAGCAAUAGUUACAAACUAAUCCCAGGUCCUUGCAAACUCAGCCAGUAGACUUCAUGCAUUUGAUUUUCCAGUUAACACACAUAUAGUAUCUUUCCAAACCAUAAGAGGCCUUACAUUACAAUUCUGUUGAUAACCAGUUUUCUUUUUAAAAUAUCCUUGGGGCAAGUUGUGAUGCCUUGCCAUGCAGAUUCUGUAUUGUAUUGGCUUACUCAUCAAUAAGAAUUUCGUAAUUUUCAAAGACUUGCCUUGGCAUUGCUGUGGAAUUGCCAUUAGUUUUAUCUUCCAACUCUAUCAAACUUUGUUUGAUUUUUUUCUUUGACAUACAGUAAAGUUCUAGUUAUCCGACACAAACGCGUGGGCCGAAUGUCGGAUAACCGAAACUGUUGGAUAAUAGGGAGGCCCUAUUAUCCCUCCCGGAAACCGGGUGCUUGCCAGGAGGAAAAGAUCUCCUCCCUCCUGGCAAGCAACUGGCUUGGAAAGGCUUGCUGCAGCCUAGAAAAACAGCUGUUUUUCUAGGCAGCAACGCACAGCGGGCUUUUCCAAGCAGGGUGCUUGGCCGGGAGGGAGGAGACUUAGAGAAGCCUGUUGUGUGUUGCUGCCUAGCAACAUGCAGCUGGCUUCUCCAAAGUGCCGGGUGCUUGCCGUUGGGAAGAGUCUCGUCACUCCAGCAAGCAACCGGCUUAGAGAAGCCCGCUGUGUGUUGCUGCCGAGCAACACGCAGCGUUGCUUGCCGGGAGGGAAAAAGCUGUGCCAGCAAGCACCCUGGGCCAUACGGCCGGCACGUUGGAUAAUACGGACUGUUGGAUAAUUGGAAGUUGGUUAACCGGAACUCUACUAUAGUUAAAGAAAUCAGUAUCAGAAUAACUAUAGCUCAGUGAAUCUGGUUUUUCUUUUGUAUGCAUAAGGUAUGGCAGUGCAAAUACAAUUAGUAUUUGUACUAAUCCAAUGCGCAGAUCAAAUAUCAUCUACUGUAUUUAGUUGUAGUACUAAAAAAAGUCAGAUUAUUUUUUUCUUAGUUGGAAAUAUGAGAAAGCACUUUAACAGUUAUUCUGAUCCUCAAUAAGUGGUUUGUUUUUGAAUCUAUAUAAAGUGGAAGGUAUAUUGACAGAUGCCAUGUGUUUAUUUCCAGACCAUUGUUAAGCUUGAAAACCUGCCACAAUAUUUUUGCCUUGUGAGAUGAAGCACCUUUAAUAGUAAUGUCUUUUUUGGAAAAUGGCAUUCAUAACCUUUCGGAAAAACACCUUUUGGAGAUCAUAACGUUUUAGAAAAGCAUGAUCUUUCAGAGAAAAGACAAAACCCUUUGGAGUAGAAUAUUUUCUUGUGGUAUACAACCAGAUAUAAGUAUGCAAGACAAUGGUUUCAGUUGUUAAACUAAAUAAAUGUUAUCUCUGAUCUGUUAGGAAAACAGAGAUUUGCCUGUACAUAACAACAGCAGAGCUUUAGAAGUGUUUUUAGUGCCCAAGAUAGAUAGAUAGAUAGAUAGAUAGAUAGAUAGAUAGAUAGAUAGACAGACACACACACACACUCUAUCCUAUAAAACAACUUGUUUUAUAUCAUGCACUCAAGAGACAAAAAUGAAGUAGACUUUGAUAAAAGUAACUUAUUUAGUUUACUCACAACCUCAUGUGUUCAGCAUACACAGGUACAAAACUUAUCAGUCCAGUUUCAAAUAUGUUUGAGAUAAUUCUCUGUGCCACUAGGCCAGGGCAUCUCUAUAACAAAACAGCUAUCAAAAGGUCACAUAGUCAAAAGGAGAAAGAAGAGAGAGCAUGUCGUCAACAGCUCCUCCUACAACUUCUCAGGAAUCAUAAAGUAAGCUGCAUACCAGAACAUACAUACAUACAUACAUACAUACAAACAGUAAGCAACACGAUCAGACAUAUUAUUAGAGAAGGCUCAAAGAUGGUUGUCAUUUCCAACAGUCUUACACUAAUAUUCAUGUACUUGCCUUUCUUUUUGGCACCUUGCAGUAUGAAUCCAAAUUUCCCUUUCUUUACAGUUUACACGAGGUUUUCUUAUAUUAAAACACAUCUAGAAAGUAAGAUUAGCCAGUGCUUCUCAGUUUAUGCUUUCUUAUACCCUGCCAUUCAUUCUGUCAGCCUGGGUAAUAAGACCCUCUUCUUUUUUUAGAAGAACAUUUAGAUAUUUAAAGAAACAUUUUGUUAUAUUAAUAUUAUAUUAAUUGUCCACUUUAAGGACAUAGAAAGUAGUAAUUUCAUUAAUAGUUGAAAUCUGUAAUAAUGCAAUUACGGUACAAAGAUAAAUACAAGGAUAACAAAGUCUUAAUAAUUAUCGUGAAAACCCUGCAUCCCACCUAGACAAGUUCUGCAGUCCACCAGCAAUACAAAUAGGACAAUUUAAGACUCAUAAGAUACAUAGGAUGUAAGACCACCCAACAAGUUUAAUUCUGAGCAGUGGUUUGAGGCUAUCCACUAUUUUUCAUUGACUUUCUGUAUGAGAUUUCAAUGUAGCCAUAAAGAUACUUGAGAAAUAUCCCCUUCCCUUUUUAAAAUUACAGAAUGCUUUCUAAACCUAAGUAUUCCAUAAUUUAAGUGGCUGUUUUGAACACAUCUUCCUCCUCACGUUUUCAGAGCGGUGAGGUUAAAAUACGAAACCUCUCUAUGUUGUGUUUGAAAAACAUGAUUUUCAUAUAAAAAACUUUCGAACCAUUCUCUGUAAGACAAGUCUUCUGCUGGGUUCAUACAUGACAGAAGUAUGCAAUCAAUCUUGUGUGUGUGUGUGUGUGUGUUUGUGUGUGUGUGUGUGUGUGUGUGUGUGUGUGUGUGUGUGUGUGUGUGUUUACAUGCUUUAAAAAGGCUCUAGCUCCAUGGAAGUCAUUUGUUUCCAAAGGAAUCUCCUUGGACAAUUUCUGAUGAGAAUUCUUGUGUGAUUACAAUAUAUCAUACAUAUGGGUAUUUUAUCUGGAGGACAUAAAAUCACUUGAGCAUUUGUCACACAGCUUCUUAUUUCUCAUAGUUUUCAUGAUUGUUUGAGUUGUAGUCUGUCUAGAAUUAGUACUUAAAACUAGCCUUUUGAGCUGUUUUCAUAAUCUGACAAAUUUACAUUUUGGCUGCAUAUGAAAAUGCAGUACACUCGUAUUUAACCGAAACUUAAACAACCAGACCUCUAAAGCAACAGACAAAAAUCAAAGAAAUAAUAUUUUAAACAAAAAUUAAAAUACAUAGUAAAACUAUGUUACCUUAAAUUGAAUUUAUCUUUAUUUGCAUUUAAGCGCUAUAUUUCAAUAUUAAUAUCAAACCAAUACAGAGUUUAUGGUAUGAUAUAGUAUGGCAUAUGAUAUAGUAUACUAUUACGGUAGUUAGGCCUAUUUUUAAUAGUAGCUCUCAGGCAACCAGAAACUACAUUCACUUACAUUCUGAUAAUUCCUAUGGUUGUAUCUUAACUAGGAGCCUUAUAUAUAUAGCUGUAAAUAAUAUAGAGUAGCUGUUGUAUUAUUUGAAACCAAAAUAAAUCAUAGUAAAAAAGUAAUCAAUGCUGAAAGGUGGUCACAAGUAAAUAAAUAUUCUACGUACUAUGUAAUAAAUAUCCUUAUUUUCACACAGAAAUGGUAUGGUGGGGCUGGUCGUUGGGAGCCGAGAUAGAAAUAAGAAAAUUCUAAGGAAUUAUUUUCCCAUUUGUAGCAAUGCUUUGUGUAGUCUGUGCAGGUCUUUGUUACUGAUUUUUUUUAAUUUACUACAAUCCUUGUAGUCAACAAAGUGAAGUCUAUAGUAUUCAAAUAUUAUGUAUGCCAACCAGACUGGUGUAGACAUACUUAGAGUUUUAUGGAAUCAGUUGUAAUUUGUGCUUUAAGUAUAUAUUUAGCUUUUAACCCCCAUGUCUUCAGGAAUUGGGAGACUAAAAUAAAUAGAAAAUAUUCUAUAAAAUCAGACCAAGCAAAAUAAGCAACCUCCUCUUGUAUUAAAAGCUUAUUCUUGGCUUCUGAAAGGCACUGCAAAUAAAAAGAUUUUACAAUGUUUCCAAAAUAUAGUGAAACCUAUGUGAGAAUCUAGGGAAUUUGGUUUUUCUGAGGGGCUGCUAGAAAUGGGUCACUGCUUGAUUUUGCCAUUGGAUUCAUAUGGAUAAAACGAUAAAGUUAUUUCUAGAUAUAUCAGGGACGUCUGGAGCAUUUUGAAUGCUAGACAUCCAACAUGAUAAGCAACUGUGUGAAAACAGAGGGAAUGUAUUUUCAUACUGUGAACUCUUCCCAUAAUUCCCUUUGUCAUCUUGACAAGGUAAACAGGUAGGUUUUACAACUUUCUGGAAAAAAGUCAUAAUAAUUGAGAAAUAGUAGGAGGACAUGGCACAGCCCUAUGAUUAUAAGAUGUUAAUGACCCAUCCUGACUGGGGGAAUCCAGGCAAAACAGUAGUGGUGUUUCAAUGUAGGGAAUUCACUUCCAUCCUAGGCAUACUGAUUUUCUGAUAAAAAAUGAAAGGUUAUAUCUAGCUUCCCCAACCCUUCCCUCUGUUUUUUUCCCAAACUUCCCUGCUUGUCAUGAAUUUGUUUUUUGUUGUUGUCUUAGACAGGGAGCAAUUUCAGCUCCCUGUUUAAGAUCCUUUGGAGCAAGUGUUUGCAUAACAUGCACUAAACUUUGACAUCAGUUUCACCAAAUCAAAAUCCAGAUUAGCGUUUGGCACAAAGCAUAGAUUGCAUUUUUGAAAAUGUAUGGCAAUACUUUUCCUUUUUUUUGCCAUAACAACAAUAACACAUAAACACGAUACCCCCUUGGAUUUUAUGAAUGUGCCUUAUGCUCUUCUGUGGGCAAUUUUCCAAUUGUAGAUAUGGCUUUCUAAACAUUGCAAAAGGCUCACUGAGGAAGACAGGAGGAGGUCAACAAAUGGCCUACAAAGCCAUAACAUAUCAUGUACACCUUUCUUGUCUCAGAUUCCAGCCAGCAAAACUUGUCUGCGUAACUCUAAUAUCCCCCUAUCUCUCCAGCUCCUAGAAAUCCUUGCUGUUUGCAGAUUUCUUUAGCACAGGAUGAGGUCUCCUUUAAAAGACACAGGAACAAUCCCUAUUUCCUCCCCCCCCUUUUUUUUUUACAGGAAAUGCACUACUCACUACAACAGAGUGGCUAUAUAUAUAUAGCCAUGUUUCAGUAGUUAUUAAAAAGGGUAUUCCAUAGGAAGCAAGCUCUGGAAAAUAACAUACAAAGCAGAUUAAUAUCUUCCAAUUUAUAAAAGCCCACUUUCCCACACAACAGUGAAUGGAAAUCAGCUGUUCACUCUCCUCAUGUGGGAAGAGGAGGGUGGCAAAAGUGGGAGAUUGGAAAAGAGGUAGGACUGUCGCAACCCACAAAGGAAAUGUCCAUAACCACAUCAAAAUUAAAAGCAAAUGAUUGGUGGAGAGUGAGGAUUGUUGACAGAAAUAUAUAGUGAAAACAAGGAGAACAUUCAAAGGAAGGUUUUCUGAUGAGUAAAGGCAGUAUAAAAUGUAAUAAAGCAGCAGAAAUAUAAAAUGUACAUUUGAACACCAUAGAAGCAAAUGUUUUAAAUUCACUCUUUUAGAUUCCUUUGCUGUUUCUGGAUCUGGAGGUAAUAUAUAGGAAAUCUGACGUAAUGACUGAUAGCCUUAUCCUUCAUGAAUUUACCUCCUUAUAAAAAGUGAAACAGAUUAAUGACUAUCAUUAUAGUAUGUUGCAGUAGCUAAGUUCAGUGUUUAAUUAUACUUUUUGUGAAGAAUUGGUUUCUUUUAUUUACUCAUAGUCACACUUAGCUUUGGUGGAUAAAAUUGGAUUCUUGUAUUCUGAUAUGAAUCUUCAGACCAUGUAGAACUACAUACCCCUUAUCAUGUCUCCAUUUUUAAUGUUUAAUAGAGACAAACUUUAACAUACGUGCCAUCGCUGUCACCAAUUUUAUUAUAUGUGCCAACGCUCACCGGAGCCAGUACACAGAGCCAACCAAAAAUGGAGAGAAACUCUGACUCAAAGAGCGAUCGAUGGCAAUUAUGCAGACAGGCUCCCUCCUUAUAUUGAUGUAUAGAAAGACACGCUGAAUACUUGUGGUGAAGUAAAAAGAGAUUUGUGAAGUUUAUUAGAACUAGAACAAAAAGGUUGUGUAUUGGUUUCAGAAGAUUAACCGACUUUUUCUUCAACAGAGAAUGGUUCUUUAACUUGACUUCCUCAGAACUGCGUUCCCUCACAAGGGAACAAAACAGGCUUUAAAAAACCUCUUAGACCGUCCUUCCAGAGGCUCUUAACCUAAACACUCUGUCCCUUUGAGGCUCUCUACAAUAUCUAGCACUUCUCCCUGAAGGCUAAUUUAACUUUUCUCCUCACAGAGGUUAUUUUCUAUCAGCUCCAAACUCUUCCCUUCUUUCUCCUCACACACCACUCCCUGACUAAAUAACUCUCUGUCUCUCUGGCACCCUCUACCUCCUGCAGCUAGGCAACACUCUCUAACUCUGUCCACCAACCAAUCAGACUCCAUUACCAUAUAAGGAGCUGCCUGAUCUCUCCUCCCCUUGCCUGCCUCUGCCUUUCCUCCCAAGGCCCAGAACUUUUUCUACACGCCAGCCUGGCAAGGUAUGCCCAUUCCGUUACACAAACAUUAUACUUUAACCAGUGACAUUUUAUCCAUGUACACUGGAUUAACAUUUUUAUCACACUCUCUUUCACAAACCCAUGGCCUCUUUCUUGAUCAGUCAGUCUCAGCUCAGGCUCCAUCUAUAUGUAACUCCAUUUCUUUUCUUGGUGCCAAGUAAUCUGUAUACUUGGAUUGGUUUGCUUAUCAUUGGCCAUAAUUCACUAAAUGGGUUGACUAGCUUACUUUACACUGCUUGUUAACUUGGUCUCUGUAUUACUUUUCCUUACAUGUGUGCUACACAUUCUGUGAUUGUGGCUUUGAGUAACCUUGAGCAUUCUGAAAAAAUUCAAUCACACUGGCUUUCUCUUUCAACUGCCCUUUAAGCAGUUCUCCAUGUUAGAAAGGUUUUCUGUUUAAAGUAAUUUGUGACUAUGUUGGAAUUUUUGGAUAUUCUUCUAAUUAUACACCAGGCAAAUUUCAUAUCGCUGUUGUUGUGGUUGCCAUGUGAAUGAACAGUAUUUACAUUUCAUCAGGAGUGGGACAUUAGAGGCAAGGCAUCUGUCAGUGCCCUCAUCAUCUUCUAAAAAGAUCUCAACAAGGAAGAUCUAACUGUGAGUGCUGUUCAGCAGUGGAAUCCUCUGCCUCAGAGUGUAGUGGAGGUUCCUUUGGAGGCUUUUAAGCAGAGGCUAGAUGGUCGUCUGUCAAGGGUGAUUUCAAUGCAAUUUUCUUGGUCUCUUUCAACUCUAUGAUUCUAUGGCAACAUUACUGGGCAAAGCUGAUUUGUAUUUUUUCAGCUUUGACCUCAGUGCAGAGGGAGCUACAGGAAGAACAGGUGGUUUAGCAGUAAUUUGGUUGUGGUUCUAAUUCCAGAUGUCCUCAUUGAACAGUCUUCCAGUUCUGAGUGUGUAUUUCUGAAAGUAGAGACUUGGUUCAGAGUAGGGUGAACUGAUAAUAAUAAUAAUAAUAAUAAUAAUAAUAAUAAUAAUAAUAAUAACAACAACUUUAUCCUUAUACCCCACCCCAUCUCCCCAAAGGGACUCGGGGCGGCUUACAUGGGGCUAUGCCCAGACGCAACAGCACAAAAUCAAAGCAAAAACAAUAAACAAAUCAACCAACAAUAAAAAUAUCAACAUGGAUAAAACAGUCAUAAAAGAUCAAUAUACAAAAUAAUGUUAAAAACAUGAGUUGUAUCAAAAGAUCUGGGCCAAGGUACAGAAAAAAUGUCAAGUCAUCAGGGAGGGGUAAUUACACCGCAGGUGUAGUAAUUAAAGUGCUAAGUGUAAUCCUGAGAAAGCAUACCUGAGGGUCUAUUGCUUAGUAGGCAAGUAAGUCGAUCCUACAAGGAUCAAUCAUCAAAGGCCUUCUGGAAGAGCCAGGUUUUCAGGCUCUUUCGAAAAGAAAGGAGGGUGGGGGCCUGCCUAAUCUCCCUGGGGAGCAAGUUUCAAAGCCGGGGGGCCACGACGGAGAAGGCCCUCUCUCUCGUCCCCACCAACUGCGACUGCGAAGGUGGUGGAAGCGAGAAGAGGGCCUCCCCCGAUGAGCGAAGAGAUCGUGCGGGUUCAUAGAGGGAAAUGCGGUCUCGAAGGUAGGUGGGUCCCAAACCGUUUAGGGCUUUGUAGGUAAGAACUUGCACCUUGAAUUGGGCUCGGAAGAUAAACGGCAGCCAGUGGAGCUCCUUAAACAGUGGCGUUGAAUGCGCCCUGUAAUCUGCCCCAGUUAGAAACUGAUGGUAUGUUCUGCUGUUGAGCUACAUAGCUAUCAACUGUAAAACCCACAGGUCAUUCCUAUAUUCAUACAUUUCAGGAAAUCUUCUAUAUGGCUUCAUCCUGUUCAAGUGAGCAAUAAAAUCUCACUUGAGAUUGAGUUGAGUUGAGUUGAGAGAUGAAUGUUGAAACAAUAAAACAUUGUAAGGUUCCCCCCCCCCCCCUGUUUUUACAAAAGGGAGAAGGGAAAGAAUAAAUUGAUGCUCCUGUCUACAGUUGUUCGCCGUAAACGAGAACACAUUUUAUUUUUGAAGAAAAGAACUACUUGAGAUAAUUUUCUCAAUAGCAUUAUUUUCAACAUUCAUCAUGGCUGUUCAUCAAAGCUGCAAAAUACUUGCCAGCUGCAAAAUCGAGGAAGAACAGGUAACUGCUAGAAAAUGUUGGUUCUUAACCAGGCUUCCUUUUUGUACAUAAGAAGACUACUAUUAUACUGUAUAAAUUAAGCCUUCAGUCAUUUUCAAUAAAUUUACUGUUAGUCAAUAGACUUUUGGUCUGUAUUUUUGCCUUAAGUUAUUAAACUGUUCACAAUUAGAUAUUUUAAAUCUAUUAGCACAAUUCUCAGUGAUUGUAUACUUUUAAGAUCCUAUUGUGACAUUAGCAGUUAUGAACUGUUAUUAUAAAAAAGAAACCCACUAUUGUAAAAACAGAGUCAUCAAAGAACCUGUCAGCCUAUAGGUGUCAUAAAAUAUUAAAAAGAACAUGAUUCUCCAGACAAAUUUGCUGAUUCAAACCUGAUUUGGACUGGUGUGUCUGCUGAGGACACUCACAAAUUGCAAACUUAAUGGGUAUGCUUUGAAAUAUAUUGAACAAUUAGAAAUUGUUACACACACACACACACACACACACACACACACACACAUACUUUUUUGCUAUGUGCGAACAAGAAGAGGGAGCUGGCCUUUGUUAUAGUUCUUUUGCUAUAUAUAGUAGGCUGAGAGUGUUCUGACCUUGUUUUGAUAAUUAGCCCUAUUCAGCCUUGACCACUUUGAAUGAAAUGUGAUCUGACUUAGGUCCAGAUUAGAACAUCAAGUCAGGAAAUUAAAAGCUUUGUGAUUACCCAUUGAGGAUCAUUGAUAACAUUGACAAAAGACUAUUAGUUUUCCUUGUUGUGGGAACUGGAUUAAAUUUACAGGUGUGUUGGCCUUUUCUGAGGGAAUGACCUACAUGUUACUUUGGGUAAAUUUGAAUGCAAGUGGUCUACAUUACAGAGGUGCCUUUACAGGAGAAACUUGGGAAAGUUUUAGGAGAAUACAUUUAGAGCAGUGGUUUUCAAACUGAGGUAUUCAAAAUGUUUUUGGCCUUCAACUUCAAGAAAUCCUAACAGCUGGUAAACUGGCUGGGAUUUCUGGGAGUUGUAGACCAAAAACAUCUGGGGAACCCAGGUUGAGAACCACUGAUUUAGAGGAUUUUUUUUUUGCUAGGUGCUUCUAACACUGGUUUUAUAGGACGAUGCCUCUUAAGGAGGAUUUUCUCUACCCCAUUAUUUUAUAGGCAUUUUGUGUACAUAUGUUGUAGAUAUACUCCUAAGUAACGCAUAACAUUUCAGAAGGAUAGGUUCAGCAGGUAGGUAGAUAAUGAUAAAUGAGAUAUAUUUUGAGGCACUUACUAUGUCCUUAAUAGAAUUUUUGGGAGAAUUCAGAACAGUGUGCUUGACAGAAUGUCUUUUUCAGUACCAAAAAAAUACUAUAUUAGUCAAAAAGUCCACAGAAUUGUUUGAACAUCCUUGUUGAGGACAGGUAACAAAAGAUAGACUUGAAGCAAUUUGAUACAUGAUUGCAGACCCCUGUGAUAGAUAUAGAGAAGUAGCAGGCACCUAGCUUAGUCCUCCCUUUAUAUGAACAAGACAGCAUUCAGAAUUACCUGUAGCUUCCCAUAAUGUGUGACCCUAAAAAUAUAGCCAAGUGCUUACAGAUAAGCCAGUACUUGUCACCCAAAUUAAAACUCUGUGGUUAAGUGUGUUUAAAGUGUUUAUCCUGACUUGUUCUGUUGUUUUCGAAAAGGAAGGACAAAGUGGCAAAAAGGGGCUGUACAAAAGUGCAUACAUAACCCUUGUUCAUUAAGCUAUGAUUUUUGGAGCCAUAUUUUUAUGCAGAUGUAUCCAGAACACGUCACCAUUUCAAAGGGUUUCAAAUGCUACUGAUUUUGCUUUCUGGAGAAAAAAUAAUUCUGCUUCUUUCAAUUCUGCAUAAAUAUAAUCUGUUACAAAAAUGUGUUUACAUGAAUGCCUAAUGAAUUUUCUUGUUCUUUCCCCUUUGCAAUACAUGGACAGUUGUAGCUUUUCAGAUAUUGUUGGACUGCAACUCCCAUCAACUCAAUUUAACACAGUCAGUGGUGUGGGAUUGCAGAAAUUAACGUUCAACGCCAUCUGGAAGGCUACAGAUGCCUACCUCUACUCUAAAGUGUUUGGAAGUAUAAUAGAAAUACUUCUGUGAAUCUGAUAUCCUGUUAAUUAUUCAUGUUCAUUAUAAUGUUAGCAUUGAUCACACUACUUCAAUGGUACUUUGUAUAUUAAAUGCUUCUUUAAAGAUUUUUUCUUCAAAUGGUUUUAUGUCAGCACUCCGAAACAUUGCAUUUUAGCUGGUAAUGUAGAAGAUAAUCUCAAAUUCAUUUUUAAUUUCAGUGCCAAUCUCAAAAUCUUGCCUAGAUGGCAGUGUACACCUAUUCAACCUGUAUUUCUAGAUUUUUUUCAUAAAAGUUGAAAUCUGUUUACCCCACAAAAAUGGAUACUUGUGGACAUGUAGAUUUUACAUGCUUUUAACCAAAAUUUAGCAUAUGACAAUGAAAUCUUUGGGAAGGAAAAUCAUUACAAAGAAAAUAUGCUUUCAUUAAUAUCAUAUAUCUAGAAUGUCUUUACUUUAAAUAUAUUAGAAGGUUACAUUUAAGGCAAAUCGUUAACUUUGUUUUAAGAUUAAUUUUUAAAAUGAAAUAAAUGAUGUUUAAUCUUGAAA